CGCUCUGGUCCUUCAGUCAACGCUCCCGCAUCUUCCGAUCCGCUCCGUCCCUGCCCAAACGGGAUUUCACGCGACGCGAAUUUAUCCGCAAUCCACGAAAAACAUCUCGCGUCCACCGAUACGUUGUCUCGAUGGAUUUUCGGUUCUAAGCGGCGAUCGUCAAAGUUUUUUCUUAACCGAAAGAGAGAGAGAAAAAAUUAGUGUAAGCAGAGCCCCAGUUGAAAAAACUCCCUCGAAUAUUCUGCAGAGCAUUCGUAUAGUACGAAGGAAUUCGCUGCUGACAUAAAAAACUCAUUCAAAAACAGUGUGAAAGUUUGGAAAUGACGGUUAGUGUCUCAAAAAGGAAUCUCUUACCUUCUUCAUUCUAGCAUGAAUCGGAGGACUAGUUAAAUAGCAGAUACUUUAUUUACCAGCGUCUUGAGGUGGUUGAAAUGGUGAGCAGUGCUGAAUUAUUUUACUGAAUUGUAUCUUGAUAAGUUUUUACUUAAAUACCGGAGGUAGCAAAAUCUAUUGCAAAGUGAUCGCCAUCAAAAAGUGUUCAAUUUUUCAAACAUGCGACGCGACAGACAAUAAUUGUGCGCCAGUACCUCGAAUGGAAGAACACAAAAGUUGUGAUCAUUCGAAGGAUCCUGAUCAAGAUAAUGUAUCCAGUAUCUUUCCAAUCUAUUCAAGAUCGUGGAAAUGAAGUUGGGACGUGAGAGUGCGGACCGAAUAUGCUGUAAGCGAUUGAAAAGGUGACACUCAAACAUGGAUUUUCGGAACUUGGUAUGAUGGACCAUGUUGCAUCACACUUCCUGAUCAUGAGUGAAAGACUGCUCACAAUUUCGUCAUACCUGACGUACUGUUUGCUCAUUUGGAUGACAAGAUUCGUUGUAAUCAAAUCCAAUGGACUUUCAAAUUCCAUACUUUAUAAAAUGAAGAAUGCUGACGAAUGUACCGAGACGUGCUCCAUUCUCCUCACACUAGGUGAAACUAAAAGUUUAUGGAAGCUUAAACCCCUCCCGGCUAAGAACUUGACAUUCAUCGUUGCUCCUUGCUCAUCUAAAGUCUCAUGGUCGGUCCGAUGGUAUCUUCCACAAGAAAACACGACGAUCGAUAGCGUCCUGAAAGAGGGGAACGGACAGGUGAUAGUGGAGGAAACAAGCGACUCCCUGAUGCACGUGACUGUGACCAGGAGGGGUUUCUACGUGCUGGCCCUGAGGGCGGUUAAGGCCGACGCCCGCGUCUUCCUCCGAAGCGUCGAGGAUGACGACCUGCCACCCUUCCUCCAGGUCAACCAAUCCAGUCACAUCACCAUCGAGAAUCGACGCAAGGGCACGCUCACUUUCCACUGGAGUCCCAGUGUUCUAGAUCCAAAAUGGACGGAUUUUUGCGUGGUUGUCAAUACGAGAGGACCGUAUCACUCGUUUUGCGCCGCUAAUGAGGAUAAAAACGCCCUCUCGUCAUGGACACAAUCUUUUCCAGAUGGCGACCACUCUGUAGCUCUGGAUCCGAAGUGGAAAAAAUACGUCACAUCAUGGAAAAAUGUCGCAGAGAAUCCGAAAAAUUAUUUUCAGAUGAAGUGCAAAGUCGGGAAGAACAGGCGGACGUUCAAGAAUUUCACGGAGCACGUUCGAUACUUCGUGGACAUUUUUUACAGAUCAAAUAACGUCACUUACAACUUCCCGCUACCUUACGCGAGCAAAACUUUCGUCCACCAAGAGCCGAGUCGUUUGAUCAAACUGCGAGACGGCAAAGUGACGACGGUUGACUUGACCAGACUUCACGGCAAAGCGGUCUUUAAGUAUAAGACAAGCAGGAGCACCGUAGGAAAUCUAACAUUCGUUAUCAUACCCUGCAAAUGGGCAGCUGAAAUCGAAGUUUCACGCCAACAAAAACAUCAAGAGGGUGUUGUUCAACACAGAGCGCAGAUCACGAACGCUUAUCGGCUCACCCUACCCCACGUUCAACCACAUCAGAUAAUUAGUCUUAAAAUUUCUUAUUUAGGCAAUUUUGACAACUCUCAACAUUCGUCCAAUAUUGAGGUGUUGGCAUCGACGAACUCGACGACUCUAUCCAAGUUCCCAGUCCUGCCUGCGUCGGCGACGGUCUACGAGUUCAAGUGGCUACGCACGUGCCGCUCCGUGACGGUCGGCUGGGUGCCGGUCAAGAGGCUACCCUCCGAGAGCCCGGUCUCGUACUGCCUCUACGCCUUCCGCAGGGAUCCCGACGAUGAUUGGGACCCCACGCCGGACCAGUGCAAGCCCGAGGCCAGGACCAAGGAUAUCAACUCCCUGGCGGCCGUGGAGUGUCAUCGCUACAGCGCAGAGAACGAAACGAACCGAACCUCGCCAUUCGUGAUGACACGGAAAAUCAAUCGACUACGACCAAAUUUCAGCUACUCGAUACAGGUAGUUGUGAAAGUGCAAGACGGUCGAUCUCUAUCGUACGAUCGCUUGGCGGUACAAACACGGCGCUCAUGCAAAUCAUUGACAAUGAGUUAAGAUUAGACAUAUUUGUAACCACCAUUUUAUCGCGAAGGUCCUUCAACUACAAAAGUCUGAGAUUCAAUAUAAUAAAGAGACUGUGUAGUCAACUUUUUUUACUGCAAAGAAGUGUUUUGGAUUGAAACGAUUAUUUCCUCUGAUUUUGGCUAAAUAUGCAUAGUAGCAAUGGUUUACUGCGUGGCCAACCGAAAAUAUGUACCAUAGUUCGAUAUUUUUCACAUUUGAAUGCGUAAACGUGUUUCGCUGACAUUGUUUCGAAACAAAUUGUCUGCAUAUUUUCUCCACAAUGAUCACUGGUCUUUCUUAGAAUGUUUUGACGUGAGAAUGAAUUGGUGUUAGUAUAUCAAUUCAGAGAGUUAGUUUGGCACUUACUCCUUGCAAUAGUGGUAUCCAACCAAAUAUAAGACUGCAAUAAAAUAUAAUAAUUGGAAAGGAACAAUACAUGUAUGAUCCAUAGGCCUAUAUGUUGGACUUUUUUCUCCUCUAUGCAACAUAAUCUUAUGAAAACUGCAUUUUUUUUAAUCGUUCAAGUCGCUGAAAUUCCAGUUCUUUUUGUCAAUACAUGCCUUAGAACUUAGUUGCACUUCACUUUUUUCCAAAGGCAACCGAGGUAUGAUUAUUGCAUACACGCACAAAAUAGAAUCACCAGUACUUGCAGAAAAGAUGACUAUUAUCUCUGCAGUGGAAUCCAUGAUGAAAGAGAUAAUGUACGAUUAUAUUUUCAGUUAGUGCCCAAAAAUUAACCUUCUUUGACCCGAAAUUAAAGAAAAUAGUGAUUACUAGAUCUGUAUAUUAAAUAUAUGUAUUUUAAGUUAAGAUAUCCACGGAACGACAAUACUCUUAAUGAACUUUUUUAUUGUUUUUACAUUGUAUUUUUACUCUCAUUCGCCGUUUUAUACAUAAUUCGUCAAUAAAAUUGGUUUCAAUCACCAUAA